AUGCAAGUUGCUAUGAUGCCUGGCCAGUCACCAUCCUCAACUUUGAAUAAUGGGAAUGCCUCGACGCCUGAUCCACCGGUCUCAUCUUCUGCCGCUUUGUCGGACGCCGAUCGUUUACGUGCUUCAAUGGAAGCUUGGAAGCGAACCGCUGCUAUAGCUAGCGAAAGAUAUAGUGAAGCAAGGCAGAGACAAAUUGCUGCUGAGCGGGAAGAUCGACAUGAGCUUCGUAAAAGAUGGCUGGAAGAAGAAGCGAAGAAACGGGCAGAAAGUGUGGGUAAGCAAAAGGAUGCCUUGAGCGGCCACAGUGCCCCGUCUGCUAUGCCUCCACCGUUAUAUCAGUCGACACCCAUCAAUAAUCGGGACAGAAAACGUCACCUUGAUAAUAAUGACUACGGUCAUGAGGAGUGGCGACAAGGGUUCCGUAUGAUGGAAGGUUCGGGAAUGUCUGAUAUAUCGAAAACAUCUGCGGACAUGUACGGUAGUAUGCCUUAUCAUACUCCUAAUGGGACAUUCUACCCAGGAAUGAUGAUGCCCGAAAUGCAACAGCAGACUAAGGGAGUAAUGCUGGGCUUCCCUAGUCCAGCCUUUCCGAAUGGUUCCUCCUACCCACCUGGUUCGUACUCCUCCAACGGAGGACUUUCUGCUCCUAAUGGACAUUUCCCUACUUCCAAGUCGACACCAUCCUUCCGUGGAAACUCGUUUUCAACAUCCCAAGGAGCGGUGUCGUCAUCUGUGGCAUGUUCUCCAAUGCCGUCGACAUCCACUGCCGAUUGCUCGUCAUUGGGUCAACGCUUUCCUUCGAUGGAAUUGCCUCAAUUUCCUAUCUCGACUGAUUCGACACCAGUCAUCCAUCAACAAUCACAAACCCAAUUCUCUACCUCCGAUUCAACUCCGUACAGUUGUGGAAUGCGUCCAAGUCCUUCUAUGUGCCCAACGUCACCCAAUGAAGUGCCAACACCUCCAGCGCUAGCGAAUUCCGGCAGCGUGCCACUAGGAAACUCCUGCGCUAGCUCAGCCAUGAUAGAGCAGAGUUUACGCAGUCCUGCUGAGGAUCUUGGAUGUAAUGCCGUGAAUGAGGACAACAUGACGAAGAUGCUUACAAGUAUACGUACAGAUAGCUUGGGAAUGCUAGGAGCCGAUGCUGUCGACUCGUUAUUUGACAGCGAUGUUGGCGAUAACGACGGAGCUGCUGGGCAGGUGCCCUUAGUAACGUCAACGGAUUCUACCUCUUCUCCAGCAGGAUUCUCACAUGGAGGCCCUCGAAGUGUCCAUUCAGUUCAUUCAGCUCCCCAGAGUAACAGCAACUGCAACCCACCGUCAACGCCAACACCGUCUGCACCACUUUCGACACCAUUCCCUCCACCAGUAGCGACAUCGCAACCGAACAAUUUUCCACAACCCUCCUCUCAGCCGUCAACUUUUCGACCUCCUUCGUCACCACCACAAUCAACUGGAUAUCCCUCAACAACUCCCAACCAAUCCUCAUCGUUCCCUCAAAAUACCCAAUCACAGACCCCUUUCUUCCAGCAACCAUCGUCUUCACAAGGCGAUAAUUUCCCUCCGACGACAAUGGCGUCAUCAGCAAACUUCCCUAUGCCGUCAUCAUCUCAAAGUGUUGGUUUUCCCCCGUCUGGACCUCAUUCAUCCAGUUACCCUCAGCAAAAUGCCAUGCAACAAAGUGCGUACGCACAGCAGAUGCCAUCAUCUGUUGGUUAUCCAACUACGGGACCUCAGCCAUCAACGUCAAAUCCCUACACGUGUACACCUCCUGGAGGAAUGAUGUCCAAUGCAACAGAUUCUCCGUUUAUGGGACAACAGGGAAUGAUGAAUCCAGCAUUUGGGAUGAAUGGGUAUCCCGGUUAUGAUAUGCCUUCAUCAGCGCACAUGAGUCAACAACAGCAAAUGGCCAUGCAGGCGCAUCAUCAGCAACAAAUGAUGAUGGGAGUGGGUGGAGCUGGAGGUGCGAUGAGCGCUCAGCAAUACCACAUGGUUAUGAUGCAAAAGCAUCAACAACACAUGAAAGCGAUGAUGCAACAACGAGCUGCUAUGAUGUACCAAGGCUAUCCGAAUGGAGCGAGUAUGUCGCAGCAACAGUACUUUAUGCAUAUGCAAAAGAUGCAGCAAACACGGUAUGUUUAG